AGUUGGGAUUAAUUACUUGCAAGUGAAAGAAGAAGGACAAGUUAAGGAAGGAAGAAGAAGAAGAAGAAGAAGAAGCAACAAGUAACUGCUACAGAUCUUUCUUUUGCCUCAUAGUUUAUUAUCAUUCAUUCCUACAUAUCACUUUGUUAAUUUGACCAAGUCUAUUCUACCAGCGGUUCAUUCCAUAUCUUGUUAUUCAUAGAGAUAGUUUCAUUCAAUAAGGUUAUAGCUUUUAUUAUUUUAUAGACACUGGCUACCCCCUUAUCCUCCCUUAUUCCUAAUGAAAACUUUAGGUGAAAACAAUACUUUAACAUCUUCAUCAUCUCCCGCAUCAUCAAUGAAAGAAGAAACCAUGUCUCUUAAUACUUCAACCAUGGGUAAACCUACCAAACCAAAGACGCCUUUAAAAAAGGAAGAAUUAGAAAAAAUUGCAUUGGAAUUAAAAAAGAAAUUAUCAAGAGCUUCUAUAACUGCUAAGAAAUCAUUAUCCCCUAGUGAUCCAAGAGAUUCAUCUACUUCAUCUAAUACAUCUUCAUCCAAUUCAAAUCAUAUCCUAUCUCAUAAUUUACCAAAAUCAAGUCCUUUAAAAACUUAUAUAUUAAGAAAACAAUUAGCAUCUUCUCCUAUUAAUAAUAGUACUACCACUGGAUUCUUAUCUUCAUCCCCUAAUAACUUAUAUUCUCCAAAUGGAAAAUCACCUACUCAUAUAAGAACUCCUGCUGCUAUUUAUUUAUCUUCAUCUCCUUUAAAAAAUGUCUCGUCUCAUACCGUAACCAAUAAUGAGGAAGAUUCUCCUACUAAACGAAGAAAACAUUCUCAUUCUAAUAAAUCAUCUCCCCAAAUGAUUUUAGAAGAAAUAUCAAGGCCUAAUACUCCUUCAAAUCAAUCAAGACCUUAUCCCGCCGUAUUGAAACCUUCUCUUGAUUUAACUUCAAAUGAAGAUUCAAAAUCUCGUCAACAAAAUCAUCAAUCAUCAUCACAUCCACUGCAAACCACUCCAACAUUAUCCAAAACAGAAUUGAAUACGAGUAAUUCUACCAACAUAUUAUUACAAACCCCUAAGCAAUCAAGACCAGGAACAGGUGGCAAUGGUAAUUACAAUGACGAUGAAGGAGCUGAUCUUUUAAUGUAUUUGGCUACAUCUCCAUCACCUGCUAAACCAUUUUAUUCCGCUAAUACUCCUCGAACAUCAGCUUUAUUACAACAACAUACUCAAUUACAAAAUGGUGGUACUGCACCAACCUCAUCCCCUUCAUCAUCAGUACCUUCUUCUGCAAACUUAUUAGCUGUAACUGGUAAUAAUAUCAGACAAACAACAACAACAACAACCAUUAAUAAUGCUUCAUUCAUCGUCCCACCUCCACCAGCAACUCCAAAGAGACAUCAUAAUGAAUUAGGUAACACUUUAGCCAAUGCUAAAACCCCUCAGAAUAGAUUAACUCCAUCCAUGAAUCUUUUCAAUACUGUUUCGGCCAAUAAUAAUGGUUUACCAUCUCUGGGAUUAACCUUAACUCCCAAUGGAUUCAAUAUGAGUGAUUACGUCAAUUUCUUCACUCCAUCACCAGGAUCAGCCAAUCUUGGAGCAGUAAGUGCUGGAGGAGUACCAUCCGGUUCAAAUUUAACUAAGAAUCUUUUAAAAACACCUGAUUUUAAUAAUCUUUUAUCGGGUUCAACGCCGCAUAUUUUGGUGGAUGGGAGAUCAAGAGUAGAUGGGAAAUUAUUGAAUUUUAAUAAAGUGUUGUUUAAUAAUAAUGCUGCAAGUCCUUCUUCUGCUACUAGUUCUGCCCCCAUAAGUAAUGGAUUACAUUCUGAUGGAUCUAAUAAGGAUUAGAUCUGUCAGUUAGUUUUCCUCAUUUCUUCAUGUAUAUGGUUACGUUUUUCCCCAGGGGGUUGGUGGUGUUUUAGUUUUUUUUUAAUGGUUAAAGAAGGUAAAGUUGACUUUUAUGUUCUUUUUCACUGUUUUUGUAUUACUGCAUAUUUUUUGUUUUAUUUUGUUUAUAUAUCCAAUUCUUCAUGAUUUCAUUUUUCAUUGUUUAUCCUUUUUAUUCUAAACCUUUUUGUUUCUCUCAUGAAUCUUGUUUUCAAAAAGUUAAUGUUCUCAAGUUUAUAAUGUUAUCAUGUAUCUAAUACAUAACCCAAUUUUAAUAGACUUUCAAAACUCA